AUGGAUAGAAAUAUGACCCAGGCCAGUGGUUCAAUGACUCAAAAUGGUAUCACUACCAACACAUCCAGCUCCCAGACGUCAGCCGCAAGUCAAAUGAGCAACUACAAUAAUAUGACCACUUUUACACAAGGUAACAACGGGGAAGGCUCUAGUAGUAGUCUGAGCAGUUCCAGCAGCUCGAGCAGUUCUAGCAGUAGUAGUAGCAGCUCUAGUAGUAGUAGCUCAAGUUCCAGCAGCUCUGGCGGUAACGGUCAGUGGAACAAUCAAGGAUCAAGUGGACAAUGGAGCAAUCAGAAUCAAGGAUCUGGUGGUAAUAAUCAAUGGAACAAUCAAGGAUCUAGUAACAAUAAUCAGUGGAACAACCAGAAUCAAGGAUCAAACAAUCAGUGGCAGAAUCAAAAUCAAGGCUCUUCCAACAACAAUCAGUGGAGCAAUCAGAAUCAAGGACAAAAUAGUCAGUGGAAUAAUCAAAACCAAGGUCAAAACAACAACAAUCAGUGGAGCAAUCAGAACCAGGGCCAAAAUAACCAGUGGAACAAUAAUAACCAAGGUCAAAACAAUAACAAUCAGUGGAAUAACCAGAAUCAAGGCCAAAAUAACCAGUGGAACAAUCAGAAUCAAGGACAAAAUAACAACAACCAAUGGAGUAAUCAAAAUCAAGGCUCAAACGGUCAGUGGCAAAAUCAAAAUCAGGGAUCUGAAGGAAAUAACCAAUGGAGCAACCAGAAUCAAGGUCAGAAUAACCAAUGGAAUAAUCAAAAUCAAGGUUCAAGUAGCAACAAUCAAUUUAACAAUCAGAAUCAGGGACAAAAUCAGCAAUGGAACAACAAUAAUCAAGGUCAAAGCAGUAGCAACCAAUUCAACAAUCAGAAUCAAGGUCAGAAUAAUCAAUGGAAUAAUCAAAAUCAAGGUCAGAAUAGUAACAAUCAGUUCAACAACCAGAACCAAGGGCAGAAUGGUCAAUGGAACAAUCAGAAUCAAGGCCAAAGUAGUAAUAACCAAUGGAAUAACAAUAGUCAAGGUCAGAAUAAUCAAUGGAAUAAUCAAAAUCAAGGUCAGAAUAGUAACAAUCAGUUCAACAACCAGAACCAAGGCCAGAAUAGUCAAUGGAACAAUCAGAAUCAAGGACAAAAUAGUAACAACCAGUGGAACAAUCAGAAUCAAGGACAAAAUAACCAACAAAACAAUCAGAAUCAAGGGCAAAAUAGUAACAACCAGUGGACCAAUCAGAAUCAAGGACAAACUAAUCAACAAAAUAAUCAGAAUCAAGGACAAAGUAAUAAUAACCAGUGGAACAAUAAUAAUCAAGGUCAAAACAAUCAAUGGAGCAAUCAGAAUCAAGGACAAGGCAACAACAAUCAGUGGAACAACAAUAAUCAGGGUCAAAACAACCAAGGAAACAAUCAGAAUCAGCAAUCCAUCAGUAAUACCCAAUGGAACAAUCAGAGCCAGAGCGAAAGUCAUCAGUCUAGUACGCAAACUCAAAACUCUACAAGUACCAGUCAGGGUAAUAAUCAAGGUCAGGGACAAAAUCAAGAAUGGAACAACCAGAAUCAAAGUCAAAACAAUAACAACCAGUGGAACAAUCAGAACCAAGGACAGAACCAACAGUCUACCAAUCAGAAUCAGGGUUCCAGUAAUAGCAAUCAAAAUCAGGGACAAAGUAGCAAUAAUCAAUCGAGCAACAAUAAUCAUUCCCAAAAUCAACAAUCUAACAAUCAAAAUCAAGGAUCAAGUAACAAUAGUAAUCAGAGUCAGGGUCAAAGCAAUAGUAACAACCAAGGCUCCAACAGUAGCUCAAGCAGCGAGCAAAACAGUCAGAACCAAGGCCAGUCGAACGCCAACAACAAUUCAAAUCAAAGCUCCAACAACCAAAACAGUCAGAACUCAUCCUCUGGAUCAAACCAAACUAAUGAAAAUAAUCAACAGAAUGCAAGCGGUAAUCAACAAUUUUCUACUUCUGCCACUGUUGGUCCACAAGAAACAUCCACGGAAGCUACUGUAGUUUCAAGCCCUACAACGACCACAACGACCGCUACUACAACUCCAGAAAUUCAAACUUCUACUGAAACAACUGCUCAGCCAACAACGACAACCACAACAACAACUGUGUCUACUACUAUCGCUUCAACUGCUAGCCCUGCCAUUACUUCUACAUCAGCACAGACUACAUCAGCUGAACCAUCAACGCCCUCUUCUCCUGGUGCUCCAUCGUCUACUGGAGAAUUUGCCUCUACUCAGUCCCCUGAUAUUUCGACAUCUGCGCCAACUGAUACCACUCAAACCCCUGCUACAACUAGCACUACUAGUACCACUACACAAACCACACUCACUCCUAGUAGUAUCGCUACAGAAUCAUCCACAAUGCAAGUCACUACUACAGAGGAAUCUGUCACGACUAGUGUUCAAUCCUCUACUACACAAGCUUCCACUACAGAAGCUCAAAGCACACAGUCAUCUACUACUAUAAGCGAAAUUUCUACACCUUCACAAACUACACCGACACAAGUAUCAGAAACAACAGUCACACAGUCAUCCAUCCACACAACAACAGAAUCUAGUUCAGAAACAACACCGGGUGGAAAUUCCGAACCAUCUUCACCCACACAAACUACUACAACCGAUGAGUCACCUUUGACUACCACAUUCAUACCCACCGAAACAACAACACAAAGCGCUGAAUCUACACAACCAAUUACCACUUCUACACCCGAAACAACACAACACACGCAAAACAACACAAACGAAUCCACUACACAACAAUCCACUACACAAUCCUCUAGCACACAGGAACAGUCGACCACCGAGAAAGAGAUAAUGGUGGCUGAACCAAGCACUCUACAGCCCAGCACGGAAGAAUCCAACAAGUCCACCACCACUGCUCAAGAAACAACCACACUGGCACCCUCGACAGAGGAGCCCACCGUCACACAAUCUACACCAGCUCCUACGGAAGCAAACACUACACAAGAGAACACUGCAACACCACAAGAACUCACAACAACACAAACACCUACCACGAUGGCUUCGGCACCUGUUUCUAGCUCGGAAGAAGUACCAACUACACAAACAACAGCACACACUACACAAUCAGCUACUGCAUCUCCGUCCGAAGACACAACACCACAACCAUCUACACAAACCACCACAAUGCUCACAACGAUCGUUAUGCAUAGUACUCAGUCCACAACCACUCUCUCUUCUUCAGCACAACCGUCAAGUACUACGCAGCGACCGACUGCCGGAAGCGAGACUAGCUCUGGGUCUACUACCAGCCAACCAGGAUCUGGGUCUGGUGCUGCACCAGCCUGCACUGAGGACGGAUUCAUGGGUGAUCCGAAUGAUUGUAAGAAGUUUUAUCGCUGCGUCUCGAAUGGUAAUGGACAGUUUACGCGCUACGAAUUCCGCUGUGGAGAUGGAACUGUUUGGGAUGAUAAUGCUGGCAGUUGCAACCACGAUUGGGCUGUACAGGAUGGACGAUGUGGUAAGCCAAGUGGGCAAGGACCUUCGGGACCUCCUCAAGGUGGUUCGCAAAGCGGUCAAAACGGUCCUAAUGAAGCAGGAAGUGGAACAAAUGGACCGGAUGGAUCUGGCAGUGGACCAACCAAUGGACCAAAUGGACCCAAUGGACCUGAUGGACCCAAUGGACCAAAUGGACCUGAUGGACCCAAUGGACCUGAUGGACCCAAUGGACCAAAUGGAUCCAAUGGACCUGAUGGACCAAACGGAUCAAAUGGACCUAACGGACCAGACGGACCGAAUGGACCCAACGGACCAGAUGGACCGAAUGGGCCAAACGGACCAGAUGGACCGAAUGGACCAAACGGACCAGAUGGAUCGAAUGGGCCUAAUGGACCAGACGGAACAAAUGGACCUAAUGGACCAAACGGACCAGAUGGCUCAAAUCAAUCAAACGGAACAAAUGGUACCGAAGAACCGACUCCUGCUGGACAAAAUUCUACCACAGUUCCACCAUGCCAGCAGCAAACGACCACUACAACCCAAUCGCCCUCAGUACCCGCAGGAAGCAACGGUGUAUGCGAGCAGGAAGGAUUUAUGGAACAUCCAUCCAAUUGCAAGAAGUUCUAUCGAUGCGUCGAUAACGGCAAAGGUGGAUACGAUCGGUACGAGUUCACAUGCGGUCCCGGUACUGUGUGGGACAAUGACAUUCUAGCCUGCAACCAUCCAACAUCUGUCCAAAACUCGAAAUGUGGAACUGGAGGUGGCGCUGAAUCUGCAUCCUCACCGUAUCCAGGUAGUUCGUCCGGUCCCGGCAAUACCUACCUUCCGCCAGCACAAUCCUCAACCGAAUCUAUGCCAAGCACGACGGAACAAUCGAUGAGCAGCCUGGAACCGGAAUCGCUUACCACGGGUGCUACGGACGCAGCUAGUCAGGAAACAACGAGCAGUGCAAGUAGUACAACGGCAUCGUCCGAUUCAUCGACUACCGAAGCAACAAAGGAAGAAACGACUUCCGCCGCUCAACAACAAACUACCGAAACGCAGAGUCAGACAACGGAAUCUUCCAAGGGAGAAACCACUUCCAAUGCACAAGAACAGACGACCGAACCGGGCCAGAGUCAGUCGACCACUACCGAAGCGGGAGAUUCGUCGACUACUCCUACAGGAGCUACCGAAACUUCGACCAUGCCAUCUUCGGAAGAUUGCGAUUCGGAAGGCUUCAAGCCUCACCCGACCAACUGUAAGAUGUUCUAUCGCUGCGUUGACAAUGGCAAGGGAGGUUACACAAAGUACGAGUUCACUUGCUCGGAAGGUACUGGUUGGGAUGAAAGUAAACAGGCCUGUAACUAUGAGUACGAAAUUCCCAACUGCGGUGCCGAUCGUCCACCAGAACCUGAACCGGAGCCUACCGGAACGGACAUGACGACGGGAUCUAGUGAUGGAACCACUGCAGCAACCGAAGCAUCUACGACUCAAGCUCAGACAGACGGUACUACUACCGGACAAGAGACUACAACUGCCAAACAAGACAUGACCACGACUCCCGCUCAAGAAACAACCACGACUCCCGCUCAAGAAACAACCGCGACUCCGGUAGAACAACAAACAACUACAACAGAGGCCAAUCAAGAAACUACAACAGCAACGAGCGAUUCGACUACAGCUUCCUCAAUGGCACAGGAAACGACUACUACCACCACGACCACCGGUCAGGAGACGACUACAUCCAGUGAAAUGGCAUCCGAAAUGACAACUGUACAGGGCCAGGAAACGACCACUGUGGCUGGCAGUGAAAUGACCACCGAAAGCUCUCAGCAAACAACCACGAUGGGCGGCUCGCCUUCCUCGGGCGAAUGUACUGAGGAAGGUUUCAUGGGUAAUCCGGACGAUUGCCGCAAGUUCUACCGGUGUGUGGACAACGGCAAGGGUGGUUACAAUAAGUAUGAUUUCACAUGCGGCGAAGGUACCGCAUGGGAUCAGGCACUUCAAACAUGUAAUCAUGAGAAUGUUGUUGAAAUGUGCGGCGGACAGACAGGUAACACUAGCAAUAACACUAACCAAACACAAUCAUCAUCAACAUCAACAACAGCCACAUCUACCACCACUACUCCUACCACUACCACGCAAUCUCCUUCCACUUCCACUUCUACUACUACCACUACCACCACCACACAAGCUCCAACAACGACUGCUUCUACUACUACCACUAGCACUACCCUAAAACCCACUACCACUACACAAAGCACAACCUCCACCACCACUACCACCACAACCUCCGCACCUUCAUCAACAACUUCAUCAUCAUCAUCUUCAUCAACUACCACCCAAAGCAUGCAAUCCUCGUCCGAAUCCACCACCGAACGCAUGAAAGCUUCUUCAUCCUCUACCACGCAAGUAAACUGCACGGAGGCUGGAUACUUCCCCAAUCCGGACGACUGUACCAAGUUCUACCGCUGCGUGGACUGGGACGGAAUGGGUGAAAACUUUUCCGUCUUUCACUUCGACUGCCCCGAGGGUACCAUUUGGGAUCCCGCUGUAAAUACCUGCAAUCACGAGGACAGUGUCCAGCCACCCCGCAAUUGCUCCAAAUCUGCCCCUGCCGAAACAACCGAAUCGAACGCUGAAUCAACCACCUCUGUUACAGAAGAGCCAGGCUCUACGACCGAAGCUUCCCAAAUGACGACGGCCCAGCAGACGGAAGCAACGACUGCGGCCAGUGGUCAACAGCAAACAACAACCGAUUCUACGAGCUCCGAAACGACAGCUGCCCCCAAGGAAGAAACUACAACCGGACAGCCACAAAUGAUGACAACCACAGAGGGAGCAGCACAGGAGACAACAACAGCAGCUCCGGCAACCCAAGAAACUACCGAAGCUGCUACUACGACUGAAGCAUCUCAAGAAACUACAACGGCGGCAGCAUCCUCGGAAACGACGACAAUGGCUGCUCAGGAGACAACAACGAUGGCUGCUCAAGAGACAACGACGAUGGGUGCCCAAGAGUCCACAACAAUGGCUGCCCAAGAGUCAACUACGAUGGCCGCACAAGAAACUACUACAAUGGCUGCACAAGAAUCAACUACGAUGGCCGCACAAGAAACAACUACAAUGGCUGCGCAAGAAACGACGACAUCGAUGGCCGCACAAGAAACGACAACGAUGGCUGCGCAAGAAUCUACUACCGCCGCUCAGCAAGAAACAACGACCGCCUCUGGUGAUGAGAAAGAGAUGACCACCAUGGGUCAGUCAGAAAUGACAACCCAGCCCGCUGGUCAGGAGCAAACCACCGAGGGUAUGGAGUCGUCAACGGAACCCGCCUCGCAGGAAUGUCCUGCCGGUUGCAUGAGCUCAUGCCCACCGGUUGAUGAAGAUCAGGAUCGUUUCGUGUGUCCGACUGGGUUCAAACGCCACCCAAAGAACUGCAACCUGUUCUAUCAGUGUACCGAGAAGGCGAACAGCUACGACUACAGUAUCGUUGUUUUUAGCUGUCCAAACGAUACCGUCUACCAGGAGGACCGAACACAGUGUACGGAACCUGCCGCUGGGGAUGAUCGUUGCAAGGCGGCUAACCUGCGAUCGCAGCUACGAAACACACGUCAACUACCAGUAAUGCAGCUCGGCUCGACAGAACCUCUCUGUCCUACGGAUGGCCACUUUGCGAUCGACGAUCAAAAGUGCAGCUCAACCUUCCUGCGCUGUACCCAGGGACGGUCGGGCCUUCAGCCCAAUAUGUACCGUUGUCCGAAGGGUUAUGUUUACUGGCGCGUUAGUCGCCGCUGUGAGCGUGUCCAGAAAAUCCCCGAGUGCCAAUCGACACCGAUGCAGGAACGAUCGGAGCUACCGGUCGAAUGGAUCAACAUCGGCAACCGACGCCGAAGUUUGUUCUAGAAAGACAAGAAACGUUGCUUUUUCAAGGGGCAAACGAGCUCCGGCUGCCAUAAUUCUUCAUC